CCCGAGAGUCCCAGCGGACUACGUUUCCCAGCAGUCUUGGCGGUGAUUACACUGGGAGCGGAGAGAGGAGAUUGAUCAGAGCGGACUGGCAGUACAGACUGAUCUGGUUUGAGCGUUAGAGGAAGAUGAGGGUGAAGGAAAUCCUGAGGACGGCCACUCAGGCCUGGAGUCCUGCAGCCCACCAUCCUGCUUACCUGGCCUUAGGAACAUCGGCGCAGCAGUUAGAUGCGUCCUUCAACACCACGGCAGCUCUGGAGAUCUUUGAGAUGGACUUUGCAGACACAUCAAUGGACAUGAAGCUGAGAGGAUCUCUGUCCACCACUAACAGGUUCCACAGUCUCAUCUGGGUAACAUUUGAUAUGGGUGUGGACGGCUCGUCUGGCCGGCUGAUCGGAGGGGGUGAGAACGGCACUCUGACCGUCUACAGUCCAGAUGCCAUCCUGUCCAGCGCAGAUGACGCCGUCAUCGGGCAGUCCAGCAAACACACCGGCCCAGUACGGGCGCUCGACUACAACCCCUUUCAGAGUAAUCUGUUGGCGUCUGGAGCAAACGACUCCGAGAUUUAUAUCUGGGAUUUGAACAAUUUAAGUAAUCCAAUGACACCAGGCACAAAAUCACAGCUGAGUGAGCCGGUGGAGGACGUGUGUGUGGUUGCGUGGAAUAAACAGGUGCAGCACAUCCUGGCAUCUGCAGGUCCGAGUGGGAGAGCCGUGGUGUGGGACCUGAGGAAAAAUGAGCCCAUCAUCAAAAUCAGUGACCACAGCAACCGGAUGCACUGUUCAGGAAUGUUAUGGCACCCUGAAGUGGCCACUCAGAUGAUUUUGGCCUCGGAGGACGACCGACAGCCUGUUAUUCAGAUGUGGGACCUUCGCUUCGCCACAUCACCACUCAAAGUGCUGGAGAACCACACCAGAGGGAUUCUCUCUGUAUCGUGGAGUCAGGCCGAUCCAGAGCUGCUCCUCAGCAGUGCUAAAGACAACCGCAUCCUUUGCUGGAACCCCAACACUGGAGAGGUGAUCUACGAGCUGCCUACGGUCAAUCAGUGGUGUUUUGAUGUUCAGUGGUGCCCCCGAAACCCCGCCCUCCUGUCUGCCGCCUCGUUUGAUGGACACAUCAGUGUGUACACUGUGAUGGGCGGCUGUCUGGAGGCUCAGCAGUACAGCAGCGUGGAUAAGAUUUCGGGUGCGUUUGACCCAAGUGAUCCAUUCGGUACAGGUCAGGCCCUGCCUCCCCUGCAGGUCCCCCAGCCUACUGCAGCCCCCACCAUCAUCCCCCCCCUCAGGACCCCACCGAAGUGGGAGCGCAGACCCAUCGGAGCCUCCUUCACUUUUGGUGGUAAGUUGGUGACCUUUGAUAGCCCCAGAUCUGUCCAGCCUGCUCCUUCCCCCCAGCCCCCCCGGCAGGUGCAUGUGAGUCAGGUGAUCACGGAGGCAGAGUUUCUCCAGCGCUCACGGGAGCUCCAGGCCACCCUGCAGUCUGGCUCCUUCAUCAGCUACUGCCACAACAAGAUCUCUAGUGCCCCCUCUGAGGCCGAGCAGGAUAUCUGGAGGUUCCUACUGGUGAAUUUUGAGGACGAGGCUCGUGUUAAGUUCCUGCGGCUGUUGGGAUUCAGUAAAGACGAGCUGGAGAAAAAGAUCUCCUCGUGUCUGGGGAAGAAGCUACAGCCGAAUGGACACGCGCUGGACGUUAAUGACCUGGCGGAGAAGAUGCAGACCCUCUCAGCUCAGAGGGCAGAUGAUGGAAGUGAAUCUGCAGCGCCACCUACUGACUUCUUCAGCCAAAUACAGAAAGAGAAAACACCUUUCCACAUCCCAGUGUCUGCAGAUACAGAUGGUUUGAUCAGCCAAGCUCUGUUGGUGGGAAACUUUGAGGGGGCAGUGGAUCUGUGUCUGAGUGACGGACGCUAUGCUGAGGCCAUUCUGCUGUCCAUCAGUGGAGGAGAAGAGCUCCUGAAGAAAACUCAGCAGAGAUACCUCAACAAACAGACCAACAGGGUCUCAAUGCUGAUUUCGUCGGUGGUCACUCAAAACUGGACGGACAUUGUGCAGGACUGCGAGCUGGACAACUGGAAGGAGGCGUUAGCGGCACUGCUAACCUACGCUAACCCUGAGGAGUUCGCUCCACUCUGUGACACUCUGGGUUCUCGGUUGGAAGCUGGUGGAACAGAGAAGCGCUGUCUACAGGCCUGUCUGUGCUACAUCUGCUCUGGAAACAUCCACAAACUGGUGGAGUGCUGGAGCUCUCAGAGAGACUGUACUGCCCCCCUCAGUCUGGAGGACCUGGUGGAGAAGGUGAUGGUUCUAAGGAAGUCUAUAGAGCGUCUGAGGAACAGUGAAGUUACAGUGCAGAGCUCAGUUCUGGAGGAGAAACUCAUCCAUUACGCUAACAUACUGGCUAAUCAGGGCAGCCUGGAGACGGCACUGAGUUAUCUACCGCAGACAUCACAGCAGGCUGAAGUCCAGAUGCUGAGGGAGCGUCUUUCUCAUGCUCAGGGAGCAGCAGCUCAGCCUCAUCACCCUAAAGCUCCAGCAGCGGACGCUACACCUGCCCCCAGUAACACACACACAGCAGUGCCGCAGGAGCAGUUCCCUCCUGCAAUGCCCCUUCAGAUGCCCCAUGCAGGUCAGCCAGUGAUGCCCUCCGUGUUUACAUCCCAGGCUCCACCCACCAGUCACACACCAGGAGUGCCCCGCCCAGCCAGCAGACCUUCCUACCCACGAUACCCUGCUGCAGCUCCAGGAUUUUCACCCUCCCAGCCUGUAGGGAGCCCCGUGGUGUUUCCCCCUUCCAGCCUGUCUGGCCCUGUGCCCCCCUUGUCCUCUGCUCCAGGGGGUAUAGUGCCAGGAUCUCUGCCAGGCUCUGUGCCCAUGAUGCCCACUCCUCCAGCGCCCGGGUUCCUGCCUGCUGCCUCCCUGCCCCCUCUGCCCCCCAGUUCUCUUCCCGGGGGGCCCAUGCCCAUGUACUCCGGGCCAUCAGGGCCGCAGGGUGCUGCCCCGCCUCCCCUGGGCACUGCCCCCCCACCCACAGGUACAGUGUACCCACCCCCAGGGGUGGGGUACCCACAGGGAGGACCCGGAGCACCUGGAGCUAAAACCUACAGUCAAUCAGUUCCUCCACCUCCUACAGGUGCUCAUGAUGGCUGGAACGAUCCUCCUGCUGUUCGCAGCGGACCUAGAAGUAAAAAGAUUGCUGGAGAUUACACACCUCCUGCUCCCAUCACUGCCCCCGUCAUGAGCUUGUCUGCAGAGGGCGCUGUGCCUCAGGACAGAGUGCAGGUCCCACCUGGAGCCCCCCAGGAGCCCAGCCUACAGGUUCUUCAGCAGCUUCCUGCAGAGCGAGUGGAGCAGAAGGAGAUUCCAGCAGAGCACAUGAUCCUGAAGAGUACCUUCGACAGUUUAGUGCAGCGCUGUCAGCUCGCAGCUACAGACCCGCAAACUAAAAGGAAGCUGGAUGACGCCUCCAAACGAAUCGGCAGCUUGUAUGACAAACUCCGAGACCAGUUGCUGUCCCCCAGCAUCCUGUCCGGCCUGCACGAGAUCAGCCGCUGCGUGUCGGCCCGAAACUACCAGCGGGCCCUGGAGCUCCACACACAGGUGGUCAGCAGCAGCAACUUCAGCGAGAUCUCUGCCUUCAUGCCCGUCCUCAAAGUGCUCAUGACCAUCGGCAACAAGCUGGGGGUCUAACCCACCGGAUCACCACCCCCCAACCACAGUAUUAAUCACAGAAAAACACACAUAGGAUCAGAUAUGGACAUGUUUAUAUUGUUUUUUUUGUUUUGUUUUUUUGGAUCUGUGGAUGAACUUUGCUUUGAUGAUGAUUAGUAUGCUGAUUCUCCGGGAUGCAGAUACACUCUGAUUUAUUUUUUUUUAUUUUUUUAUUUGUUGUUGUUAUUAUUUUUCUGCUCUCUUCCCAAAGAAAGACGCAGAGUGGCGUCCCGGUCUGAGAGGUGUGUGUUCUGUGCUGGUGUUGAUGUGGUGACGGUAGCUGUAGUUGUUGUGUUAAAGUGACUGAAUGAUGGUUCGGUGUGUUCUUCACAGAUGCAGGAGCACGUUUGGCUGCUGGCACGUUUGUAUAAGGUUGACUGACGGUUUGUUUGAGGUUUCAUGCAGGAGAACGGCAGGUAUGACCGUUAGCGUCCCCUCCAGAUGAUAAAGCUUGAAAUAUAACACUCCAAAUGGAA